ACUUCCGGUGACACUUUCUCUAAGUAUAUAAAACGAAAGAUCUUUUUAUAAAGCCACACUGAGACCUAGCGUUGAUCAAGAAAAUAUACAUAGCAAUCUCAAUAUAAACAAAUAUCAAAAUGGACAACUUUUUUGGUACAUGGAAGCAAGAAGCUAAACCAGAAAAUAUGAAAGCUGUCAUGGAUGCUACCGUCGGCGUUUCCGAUAAAGAGAAAGACUACAUGAUAAAUAUGCUUAGCAAAUUUGUAAUCGGUCGAAGCGGAGAUCAGUAUUCUAUAACCCAUAGCUGUGAAGAUCCACAACUAACAAAGACCUACAUUUUCGAUCUUGACGAGCCACUGGAAUCGACUGAUAUUUUUAGUCGAAAAUUUAAGAGCAUUUUCAAAUUGGUUAAUCCUAACUAUCUGACUGAAACCUGCACUGAAUGGACUGAUGGUGUUAUUGAGUUAACGUACGAAAUAACAGGUGAUGAUACCAUGACGUGGAAAUUGAACUAUAAAGGACAUACCAGCACCACAAUCUUGAAAAAAGUUGCUUCCUAGACAUCAACUAAGAACAGCUACAAUUCUUUCCUUCAAAAUCAAACAGAAAUUGAAAUAAAUAUUUCUUGAAACACAA